AUGCUUUGUUUAUCAGAUUUACCCUUUCAAGUAGUGCAACAGGUUUUCCUCAACAUUAAUCAACAUCAGGCGUUGGCGCUUGCACCCCUACAUUCCAAAUUAUACUAUGCUGCAAGGGAUAAGUUGUACCAAAACAUCUAUAUUUACGGAGAAUAUAUAUUUAUGGCACCUUGUAACGACCCUUCUCGAUUCAAGUUUCACAAAAAUAUCAACAACUUCAGAACAAACAAGUAUACGGUAAUAUCCAAAUAUGUUCUUUACAAAUAUAUGUCUCAGAUCAGACAGGACGUAAUUAUUAAUCAUUUGAUACUAUACGAGUAUGAUGAGACUCUUAUCGAGCAAGUUUUAGAACACUUCAAAUCAAUUCGGGCUUUUGAAGUAAUUCUGUCUUUUGGGUACAACAGCCAAGGCUAUUAUGCUUACUGUGAAGGAAUGGCCAAGUUCAUGUUCAAUGAUUUGAGAGCGGAGAAUUCAUUCAGUAAUACUGAGUUUAUUCCUUCACCAUUUAAUCCGAAUCUGUUCGAGAUACCAUCAGAUAUUAAAACAUCGCUUAAUUUAUAUGUCAAUUCAGAUUUUGUAAACUGGGAUUUCCUCAAACCAUUCCCAUUUAUAACAAGCUUGACAGUUUUACUUUGUCGUAGAGACAUGCUUACCAAAGACGUAUGGAAUUUGAGGUUGCAUAAGUUGCAUCUCCACCAUUUGAUGAAAGUAGUCGAUUAUACUAUAAGUGAUGUGUUUAAUACCAUUGCACUCCGUGAAUUGACCAUUGCUGGGUAUAUUCAAAUUGGAAAAGUGUUUUCCAAUCAUAAGUUGGACGAAGAGUAUCCCCAACUCGCUCAGCUCUGUUUGAGGCAUGACGGAAAAGAAACUCAGGAGUUUACCAUUCGGGAUCUCCUAAACUUUACACACAUAAAUUUAUCGAUGCUCAUCCUUGCAACUAAAUUUUCCAAUCUGAAAACAGCAAGAGAAAUUAGCUGGUUGUGUUUAUAUUUUCCCAAAGCCUCUGUUAAUUGGUGGUAUGAGCCAAGAAGAUUCCCAAUUGGGGCGUUGGGAAUUGAUAAUUGCAGGGUUGAUUCUGCAUUUACUAAUGACAUAUAUAUGCUAAGUCCACAACUCCCUUUUGGUGUUGUCGGCUAUCAUUUUCCUAAAGUCCGUGUGUUCAAAAGAACCGGAAGGUACAUAGAUACGAGAGUCAAUUUUGCACAGAGACAGUCAUUUGUGUUCUUGAAGAAAUGGUACACGGACCUAGAGUUGGAAACGAUAUAUCGACACUUUAUGAAUGAAAGAGAUAGAUACUUGUAG